AUGGGGCCUGGACAGGGAGGGUGUGAGGGCGAGGAGGAGUCGCCAUUGCAGGUCCAGCUGAGGGAGGGCCGGGCCUUGGCCGCCCUGGGAUGGUGGGAGCUGCUCCGGGGCCUGCUGGUGUUCGCCCUCUGCUCCCACCCCUGGCUGCAACAGGACCCCGAAGCGUUCCUGCGGGCGUCGCGGCGGCUCCUGGGCGCUCGCCUGUGGCGGGCUCUGCUCUCCGUGUCCCUCUGGGGCCAUUUUGCCGUGGGCCGGAGCCCGGCGGCCAUCGAGGAAUUGUCCCGGUGGCUCCGGGCCCGGGGCCUGCGGCCGAUGCUGGCGCUGCCCAUCGAGGGCGAGGGGCCUGAUGGUGAGGGCGAGGCCUGGUUUGAGCAGAACCUGGGGGCAGCCCUGGAGUGUGUGGGGCUGGCGGCCGCCUCGGGCCCCGAACCCGCCAUGCAGCUCAAGGUGACGGCGCUGCUGAGCCAGAGGCUCUGCGAGAAACUCUCGCUCCGAUUGGCCGAGCCGGAAGGGGCGGGGCUUAACCCGGAAGAGGUGGCGGCCAUGUUGGGCGGCCAGGUACCUGAGCUCACCUGGCUCAGCCCGGCCGAGAAUCAACACCUGGGGCGGGGCCUGAGGAGGCUCGAGGAGGUGGCACAGGCGGCCGUGGCGCGGCGCGUGCAGGUGCUGGUGGAUGCUGAGAUGUCUCACCUGAACCCCGCCCUCACCUGCCUCACCUGGGGGCUGAUGUGGAGACACAACCGGGGCGGGCCCCGAGCCUGGAUCUGGAACACCUGGCAGGCUUACCUGAGGGACACAGAGUCCCACCUGGCCGCUCACCUGGCCCAGGCGCGCCGCUCAGGUCUCCCCUGCGGGGUGAAGUUGGUUCGCGGCGCGUACCUGGAGCAGGAGCGGGGCCGGGCCCGGGGCUACGGGCGCUGCCUCGAGCUCCUGGGAGCGGCGCUGGCCCGGCCGGGCCCGGGGCUCUGGCUCAUGGUGGCCACACACAACGAGGGAUCUGUCCUGCAGGCACUCAGGCUCAGCCCCCGCCCCUCCCCCAACGUCUCGUUCGCGCAGCUCCAGGGGAUGGGAGAGAGCCUGGGCAUGGAGCUGGGACGAUCACCGUACCUGGCGCGGCGCGCGGCCGAGAAUCGCGGAGCGCUGGGCGGGGCCCGGCGGGAGCGGGAGCUGCUGUGGGCGGAGCUUGGCAGGAGGCUCCGCCCAUGGCGGAAAAAAGACAACAGAGGGGGCGUGGCUUAG